GUUUAUUUAAUACUAAGUCAAUAUACCAUCAAAAUCAUGUGCAUAUAAUGAUUGAUACUAGUAUAAAGUUAAAUAAAAAAAAAAGUUUACAAAGAAAGUGGGAGUAGAAAUUGCUAAAAGAAGAUUUCUCACUCACACAGAAUUAGGAGUCCACUAAACCAAACAGAACCUUAUUUUCUCUCUCUCUCACUCCUUCAAAAACCCCCCUCAGCUAACACUACCCAUGCCGGAGGAGACGACGGCGAUCGACUACGUCAUGGAGGCGGCGUCCGGGCCCCACUUCUCCGGCCUCCGCCUCGACAGCCUGCGCUCCGCCGCGUCCUCUCUGCCGUCCCCGCGCGCUUCCGCGCCGCUCACUCCGCCGUCGUCCGCUUUCACCGCCGCCGACUCCGCCGCGCAGAAGCAGCCCUUCGUGAUCGGGGUUUCGGGAGGAACGGCGUCGGGGAAGACGACUGUUUGCGAUAUGAUUAUUCAGCAGCUUCAUGAUCAUCGGGUGGUGCUCGUCAAUCAGGAUUCUUUCUAUCGUGGCUUAACUCCUGAAGAGUUGGAACGUGUGCAUGAGUACAAUUUUGAUCAUCCAGAUGCUUUUGAUACUGAGCAGCUUCUUGAAUGUGUUGAAAAGCUAAAAUUUGGCCAGCCAGUCCAUGUCCCAAUAUAUGACUUUAAAACACAUCAAAGGUGUUCGGACAGCUUCCGCCAGGUGAAUGCAUCUGAUGUAAUCAUACUGGAGGGUAUCCUUGUUUUCCAUGAUCAACGAGUACGAAACCUUAUGAACAUGAAGAUUUUUGUUGACACAGAUGCUGAUGUGAGGCUUGCUCGUAGAAUAAGGCGAGAUAUAGUGGAGAGGGGUAGGGACAUAAACUCUGUGCUAGAACAGUAUGCAAAAUUUGUGAAGCCUGCUUUUGACGAUUUUGUUCUACCGUCCAAAAAAUAUGCUGAUGUAAUUAUACCUCGUGGAGGUGACAAUCAUGUUGCAAUUGACUUGAUUGUCCAACAUCUUCGCACCAAACUUGGGCAGCACGACCUGUGUAAAAUAUAUCCAAAUGUUACUGUCAUACAGUCGACCUUCCAGAUUAGAGGUAUGCAUACCCUGAUUCGAGACCGAGACAUUUCGAAACAUGAUUUUGUAUUUUACUCUGACAGGCUUAUACGUCUGGUUGCGGAACACGGUCUUGGUCAUUUACCAUUCACUGAGAAACAAAUUACUACCCCGACGGGGUCGAUAUAUACUGGUGUUGACUUUUGCAAGAAACUGUGUGCGGUCUCCAUUAUUCGGAGUGGGGAAAGCAUGGAAAAUGCAUUACGUGCUUGUUGCAAAGGGAUUAAAAUUGGAAAAAUUUUGAUCCACCGUGAGGGUGACGAUGGGAAGCAGCUCAUAUAUGAAAAACUUCCUAAUGAUAUCCGUGAGCGCCAUGUCCUCCUCCUUGACCCUGUCCUUGCAACUGGUAACUCCGCUAAUCAGGCAAUCGAGUUACUCAUACAGAAAGGAGUUCCAGAAUCUCACAUUAUAUUCCUAAACCUCAUAUCCGCACCCGAGGGCAUACAUUGUGUUUGCAAACGCUUCCCAUCCUUAAAGAUCGUAACAUCAGAGAUCGACGUAGCCCUGAACAAAGAAUUUCGUGUGAUACCGGGUAUGGGAGAAUUUGGCGAUCGUUACUUUGGCACUGAUGAUUGAUCGUUGCUGGCCCAGAUGAGGCAUUUGGUUACCUGUCGGCCGUGUUUGAAAUUGUAUAUUUUAUGCUAAUCCAUGUUUGCUCUGUCACGUGUUUCGCUAUAUCAAGUUAUUCAAGCACGAAGCUUUUGUACGUGCUCUUUCUCAAUCAAUGGCUGCUUCCAUGUAUUUACCAAUGCAUGUGUUUUACAUUAAUCAAUAUUUUUCUAAUCAUAACUUAAAUUGGAGGGACAUUGAACAUUUGUAGCAGGUUGAUAUAUUUCUAUGCACAUUUGGCAACAGUGUUCUCUCUAA